GAAGUGACCAGGCGGUGGCGGCGGCGGUAACGGCGGCUCUGCCGAGGUGACAAUGUGUUAGGAGCCCUCGUUCGGUCUCCUGCGCCUCUACGGCCUCGGCGCCCGCUCUCGCGGCGCUCGCGGAGCCCUCUAGCCCGCCGCUGCGCUAUGAGGGCGCUUCUCUGGGGCUGGCCCAGGCCGGAGCCAGCUUGCUCCGCUCCCGGGGAAGUGUGAAGAGAGAGGCGCGGGCGGGAGCCGGGGCUGCGCGCGGCGUUCGCGGGCCGGCGCGGGUUCCAGGUGAGCGCGGGCUCGGCGCACCCGGCACUCUCGGCGCGGCCGACCGGCGCCUGCUGGGCUGGUCGGAAGCUGAAUCCCGCGUGUGGACUGCUGUUCCCUCUUCGCGGGAUCCUUGGCCACGAUAGCAGAUGCAUUUUGUAGGAGUAUUUCGAGGAUGAAUGUUUGCAAAUCAUUUUGAAAUUGCCAAAUGCCACAUACAUGGGAUGCAUCCUGCUUUUAUCUUGGAGUUCACCUCUGUGGCUUGGAGUUAUCACUGUAGCAUCUGUCUUCAAUCUGUGUGUUAACUAGAAAUCAAAAGAAGACAUGAGGAGUGAAUGUAACAAAUGUGAUGACAAGAAGGAGAGAUCCCUGCUACCUGCACUCAGGGGUUCUCCUGACGUAUCAACAUUGGCUAGAUUCCAGGAUAUACAGAACCCAAAGCAUCCUUCCAUGCUCUAGAGACACCUGUAUUUCUCCCUAAUCCUUUGGUUGUUCAAGUGAUGUGAUCAAAGCAAGAUGAUUUCAGCUCUUUUUCCUAAUAAAUUAGGACCUUAUAUCAACUGAAAUGUAUCCCUUAUCUUAUGCUGAGAAAUUUCACAGUUCCUUGGGUAAACUCAGAACUGUUAUUUCAAGAAAUCAAGAAGGGCCAGGAGAAAUGGGAAAGGCUGUGCUGAUUCCUAAAGAUGACCAGGAGAAAAUGAAAGAGCUGUUUAAAAUCAAUCAGUUUAACCUUAUGGCCAGUGACUUGAUCGCCCUUAACAGAAGUCUACCGGAUGUGAGAUUAGAAGGGUGCAAGACAAAGGUCUACCCUGAUGAACUUCCAAACACAAGUGUAGUCAUUGUGUUUCACAAUGAAGCUUGGAGUACUCUCCUUAGAACUGUUUACAGUGUUAUAAAUCGUUCCCCACGUUAUCUGCUCUCUGAGGUCGUCUUGGUAGAUGAUGCCAGUGAAAGAGAUUUUCUCAAGUUGACAUUAGAGAAUUAUGUGAAAAAUUUAGAGGUGCCGGUAAAAAUUAUUAGAAUGGAAGAGCGCUCUGGGUUAAUACGUGCCCGCCUUCGAGGAGCAGCUGCUUCAAAAGGGCAGGUCAUAACUUUUCUCGAUGCACAUUGUGAAUGCACCUUAGGAUGGCUGGAGCCUUUGCUGGCAAGAAUAAAAGAAGACAGGAAAACAGUUGUAUGCCCCAUCAUUGAUGUGAUUAGUGAUGAUACCUUUGAAUAUAUGGCUGGGUCAGACAUGACUUACGGGGGUUUUAACUGGAAACUGAAUUUCCGUUGGUAUCCUGUUCCCCAAAGAGAAAUGGAUAGGAGGAAAGGAGAUAGAACAUUACCUGUCAGGACCCCUACUAUGGCUGGUGGCCUAUUUUCUAUUGACAGAAACUACUUUGAAGAGAUAGGAACUUACGAUGCAGGAAUGGAUAUCUGGGGUGGAGAGAAUCUUGAAAUGUCUUUUAGGAUUUGGCAAUGUGGAGGCUCUCUGGAGAUUGUGACUUGCUCCCAUGUUGGUCACGUUUUUCGGAAGGCAACUCCCUACACUUUCCCUGGUGGCACUGGUCAUGUCAUCAACAAGAACAACAGGAGACUGGCAGAAGUUUGGAUGGAUGAAUUUAAAGACUUCUUCUAUAUCAUAUCCCCAGGUGUUGUCAAAGUGGAUUAUGGAGAUGUGUCAGUCAGAAAAACACUAAGAGAAAACCUGAAGUGUAAGCCCUUUUCUUGGUACCUUGAAAACAUCUAUCCGGACUCCCAGAUCCCGAGACGUUAUUACUCACUUGGUGAGAUAAGAAAUGUUGAAACCAACCAGUGUUUAGACAACAUGGGCCGCAAGGAAAAUGAAAAAGUGGGUAUAUUCAACUGUCAUGGUAUGGGAGGAAAUCAGGUAUUUUCUUAUACUGCUGACAAAGAAAUCCGAACCGAUGACUUAUGCUUGGAUGUGUCUAGACUCAGUGGACCUGUAAUCAUGCUAAAAUGCCACCACAUGAGAGGAAAUCAAUUAUGGGAAUAUGAUCCUGAGAGACUCACCUUGAGACAUGUUAACAGUAACCAAUGCCUCGAUGAACCUUCUGAAGAUGACAAAAUGGUGCCUACCAUGCAGGACUGUAGUGGAAGCAGAUCCCAACAAUGGCUGCUAAGGAACAUGACCUUGGGGGCAUGAAGAUUGUUUCCCCAAAGCCAUGAAAGCAUCUACACUUUUGUUUUUCCAUUAUUUCAAUUAGGGAAAGAUAUUAACUUUGCUGAAUUGAAAGUUUUAAAAUCCUUUUAGUAUUCUAAAAUACAGUUGUUUAUAAUUCAUUUUUAGGAAUGUUUGCUUAUUUCCCUACUAAAAUUUGUAUCUGAUCAAAAGAAGCACAUACCAUAUAUAAAUAACAGCAAACUGUUAUUAAGCAAACAUCAGAACAACUUGAAAUAUAAAUUGUGUUUGCUUUAAAAAAAAAAGAAUCUCUGUUGCCCUCAUCUCAUAAGAUCAGUCAGGGCUUUAAUUUUGUUUUUGUCGUAGUGAUUAAAAGAGAAACAAUGUAAAUGCCUUAUAAAAUAUCUUCAUUGUGAUAUAUUAUCAAUUGUUUUAAAAACUCACUGUUUCUAAUGGACCUUCAUGGCAACAUGUUGAAUUUCUAUGUCAACAACAAGGCCACAUAUUGAAUUAUUUCUGAGCAGUGAAUUCAUCAUACAAGAUAAGUUUCAAUUUUGUAGGAAAAAAUUAAAUUGGAUAUUGACUUCUUAUAGAGUCCUUAUAAAAGCAUCACCAUUAAACAAAAUAGAGGAGAGUUUGAAAGUUCAAUUUCAAGUACGUGAAAUCAGAGGAAACUAGCUAGGCAUUGAGGAGAGCAAGAUGAAGUAAAACUGAAAAAAAUAAAUCAUUUUAAAAGACAUUCUCCUCGGUUCCAAUCACUCCUAACACAGGUUGAGCAUAAAAGUCAUCUUGGUCCCAGAGUUGAUGCUGGAAACUACGUUCUUAACCACUGCCUCUGUCUCACAGAAACUACACAGACCAUUUUCUCUUCAUGCUAGAGAGUGACUUGUCUCUAACGCUGUACAGAAUUGUAGGUGAAGGGUAUAGUACUUUCCAUAAUUUUUAAUUCUUUUGCAUUUGAAGGUUCUAGUUAGGUCACUAUUACCAUUUUAAUUGUAUGUUUUAAAAAAUAAUGUGCUACUAUCAGAAUUUCACUGCCAUCCAAUAGUUUCUAAAGUUUUCACCAGGGGCAUGAACUCAAUACACAUCCAUUAAACUUUUAUUUUAAUUAAACUGCUUGAAAUCAUUUGCCAUAAACUAUAGUUCAAGGAAGAAUAAUAAUUAGACCAGCUUCACGUGUUCUUUUUCCAUCUUAAAACCCUCUAUGUUCAAAAUACAUGAGCAGAAGAUGUGAAAAGGAAAGAAAAUUUAUCUGAGAUUCGUGCUGAGCCUUUAGUUUUAGGAUCUGACACUGUUUAAAAUGCUCAUAGAGUUGUUCAGCAUAUGUAUCUUAUUCAUUAUAUGUGCGCUCGGCUGCUAAAAGAAAUUUAGGGGGAAAAUGGAAGAAGCAUCCUCUGGAGCAAAAGAUGCUACAUUUUUGGCCCCAUCUUUUCUUAAAAAUCCCUGAGAGAUACUUUUAAUCAGUAUGGCUACACAAAAAUUCUCUCUUUGUCUCUAUAUGUCUCUCUCUCUCUCUCUCUCUCUCACACACACACACACACACACACACACACACACACACACACACUGCUUUAUAAUGAAAAGGAGGACACUUUCUGAAGGCCAGUAAAAUCCUGUAUGAUUUUCCCAGCUAGCAUCCCCUCUUUUGGCUGUACACUGGUACAACUCUAAAGAUUUCUACAACCUGAAGCAUUUCAGGUUUACUCCUUAAAGUGUACACACCCCUCACCUCAAGGUGGCUGAGAAUCCGUCAAUCUCCUAAAAUUUUAAACAAAAGUUUGAGUGUUGGGGCCUAUUGUUUUGAGGAAAGAAUCUCUAGCUUAGAGCAAACUUCAAAGGAAGCUAUGCCUCCCAAGAGUUAGUGAACCACUGCCUUAAAUAGAUAAGGGCCUCACAAGACAACCGAGGCUUAACUUAACCAUCACAUUUUCCAUUUUUCUCUCUUUUCUUCCUGUCCUGACUAAAAUACAGUAAAAUGUCCCUGCACAGCAUUCUUCCUUAAACUUGAAGAGUUCAGACCCGCAAGGACUCUUGUAUACUAUCUGUUCCACUUAUUGUGGAUUUGCCAAUCAAAAUGCUUACAUUAUCUAUAAAAUGGUCAAUUUUUUUUUUUUUUUCCAGAAUACAGCUGCUCCAUGGAAACUGCCUUUGACACAUUUCAGCAGCAUUUUAAAAAUUUGAAAGUCCGUUAUGGUCAUAGCAACAAUACAGGAAAAAUCAAAACUGUGGAAGUUUCAUGCCAGAGAUUUUCAGAGAACCCUCAGAUAGUUUAAACAUAUUGUUUAAAUGUGAAUUAAGAGUGUUUAAUAAACAAACAAAAAAUGCCAUAAAAUAGAAAACACCAAAACCCAGAAAGCAAUGACUAACAUUCAACUUAAACAAAAAGAUCUAUUUUACUCAGUACAGAACAUUAAAAAUGAUACUGGCUUUACAAUGGAUUCGUCUUAGCUGUGGGGCCAGACUAACAAAUAUUUCAAAUGAUUUCGAAGUUCCCCUUCUGAAGUUUUCCCCACAGCAGUUAAUGCCAAUUCCAUCUUUCCAGAUGUCGGGAUCAAAAACCUCUAGUCACUUUUGAUUCCUCUGUUUUUUCUCUCAACUUUCAUCUAAUCCAUCAGCAAAUUCCCUUGAUUCUAUAUUUGAAAUAUAACCAGAAGCCAACGACUUCCCACCUCAUCCACUGUGUGCCACCACCUCUAAUUUUUUUAAACUGUGGUAUGCUUAUAAUUUGGUUCCCCUGAUUGCCCAACCCUUGCCUCCAACAGUUUGUAUCAGUCACAGCAGCCUUAGUGAUUUUGUUAAACAUCAGUUUGAUUUUCUCCUUCUUUGCUCACAACCCUCCAAUGCCUUUCCAUGUUUAACGAAAUCUCUUAGAGUGGUCUUCAAGGGCCUCUCUCUCCACGCAUGUGCGCGUGAGCCCCCCCCACCCCCUCCGCAUCCUCUCAAGGGCUCCUUUCUGAGCGCAUCUCCUCAUGCCUCCCCUUACUUGCUCCACUCUGGCUGCCAAGCAGGUUUUAGUCUCCUUGUUUUGCUCUCUCUGCCCCACAGAGUUCUGUCAUCUCACUUUCAUUAGGUAUCUCUCCAAAUACUGUCUCAUCUGUAAGGCAAACCCUUCUUCCUCAUGCCCUCCCUAUCCCAUGUAUGUUCUCUGGCAAACUAUAAAUUGGCUUUUUUUUUUUUCCUGUCUACCCUUCCACCUCUCCCCCCACCCUGCUCCCAACAUUCUGAUCACUCACCCUAGAAUGAAGCGCCAUAAAGGCCAGGCUUUGCCAGUUUUAUUCACUGUGGUAUCCCCAGCAUCUAAUAUAGUUCUGGGCUCAAAGUAAGUAUUCUUUAAAUAUUUCUUGAAUUAAUGAACUGAAAGAUGUGUGUUAAAGUUGCUAAGUGCUACUGUAUCAUAUCUUUUUUUUGCACAGUAUUUUAAACUUUAAAAUAAAACCUAGUAAUAUAUUUAGACAAGAUUUGCAUAACUUUGUCUCCAAAUGAUAAUUUUCUUCCUAAUAUUCUUUACGUUAAAGUAUGGACUAUAUUUUGUUCUCUGUGGUAAAAUAGCCUGCCUUAUGGAAGUGAAAUGACAUUUUAUAAACAUGCUGCUAUAUUAUGUAAGUUGCUUUAGGAAGAUAAAAUUUUUAUUUUGAUUUUUUGGUUGUAUUCAAUGGCUACCAGAAGAAGUGAGAUUUUUUACUUCUUGAGUAGAGACGUAUCAUCCUCUUAAAAGUCAUAUGUAUUUUCAUAGUUUCAUAGGUGCUAUUACUAAUUUAUUUUCUAAGUACAAUUCUAUAAAUGGAACACAAACACAGUAACACAGUAACUUUGAGAGGAAUUUACAGAUGAUCUAUUCCUUUUCCAUUUACAAAUUUUAAGACCAACAUCCAGAUAUGUAAUGUGGCCUGCCUAGGGACCAGAUUAAACUAUAAACAGUGUUGCCAGGACUCAUCAUUGUUAAUAUAACCUAAUAUUGUCUUCAAUUAAAAAGCAUUCAAAAAUAAAGUAGAAAGGGUACAAUAAUGAGGAAGAAAUGUCUUCAUUAAACAUUUUGUGAUAAGUACAUUGAUUUUUUUGAGAUAUAUUACUUCUCACUACCUUUCAUAUUUAAAUAAGAUUAGUUCUACAAAAUAAUACCACAGGAAAUAAAGAUCUAUAACAGAAAUAAAGAAAUUAACAGGAAACAGCAUGAAUACAGAACAUCCUGGCAUUACUGGGCAAAAUGGGUUUCCGGGAAGCAAAGCCUCUUGAGCAAUAACAAUGGAGCAUACCCUCCCCUCACUUCUAUUUUCCAUAUAAUUAUGUUCAAGU